AUGAAGCCGGAAAAGUUGGUGUGUAAAGUGCAGAAUUAUGAGUGGGGUCGUUUAGGAAGCGACAGUUUAGUGGCAUCAUUGAAGCAUUCUGCACAGAGUGAUUUUGCAAUUGAUUGUGCGAAACCAUAUGCGGAGUUAUGGAUGGGAGUGCAUCCAAACGGCCCAUCAAUGCUAUUGUCGAACGGUGAAUCGUUGUCAAAGUUCAUAGAAUCGAAUAAAUCGUCACUAAGUAAUCACGAAAACGGUACUCUCCAAUUUUUGUUCAAAGUGUUAUCGGUGAAUAAAGCUUUAUCCAUUCAGUCACAUCCAACUAAGGAGCAAGCAAAAGAACUUCGUGCAAGGGAUCCGGCUCAUUAUCCAGAUGAUAACCAUAAACCGGAAAUGGCGAUCGCGCUAACUGAUUUUCAACUUUUAUGCGGAUUUAGACCAUCUGAUGAAAUUUUCAAUAAUAUUAAAGCCACGCCAGAAUUACUGUCACUGAUAAAGAAUAGUGAUAAUGUUUUGAAUGAACUGAAGACGGCAGAUGAUAAUGGCAAGCGUGUUGCGUUAAAGCAAUUAUUCACAGAUAUAAUGAAAUCGGAAUCGAAUAUUGUUCGUUCAUCGAUAGAAACUAUGAUUACGCGCAUCAAAAAAAAAGACACUCAAACAGCUCUGGACAAUCUUCUCAUCCGAUUGCAUGACGAGUUUCCGGGUGAUGUUGGGAUUUUUUCGGCUCUACUUCUCAAUUACUAUACUCUCAAAAAGGGCGAAUCUGUAUAUCUUGGACCCAAUCAACCGCAUGCGUAUUUAUUCGGAGACUGCAUCGAGUGUAUGGCAUGUUCGGACAACACGAUCCGUGCUGGUUUAACGCCAAAAUUCAAAGACGUUGAUACGUUGUGUUCGAAUUUAACUUUCCAGAUGUCACCACCACCGUAUUUUAAGCCAAGGCAGCUGUCUGAAUCAGUCGUUGAAUAUGCACCGCCUGUUCACGAAUUUGCUGUCCAUCAGAUUAAGAAAGGCGAAAGUCUUCUAUGGAAUGUGUAUGCGAGCAGUAUAAUGAUCGUGGUAAGUGGACAUACUGAACUGAUGAUAAAGGAUAAAGUGGAAAUGCAAGUUAACGUUGGCGAAGUGGUGUUUAUAGCAGCUGAUUGUGAUGCAGUCCAUGUGCAGAACACUUCUGAUGAUUUUAUUGCGUACCGCGCUUUUACACCCAUCCCGAAAUAA